CCUGCCGCUGAGCCUUUUCCUCACGAACCACUGGUCGGUGCCGGUAAAAUCGCCAGAAUAUCACCAGCCAGAGCCGGAAUGCUGUUGUUUAACGUUUCCCGUGCACUGCUACGAAGCGCUCGGCGCGUAAGUGAUCACCAGUGCCGCGAUGUACACCGGUGGGUGGCGCCAACGCUGCGCGAACUUCGCCGGCGCCGGGAAAAGAUGGGUCCCGAGGCCACCCUUCCACGUUCGUCGCACACGGACUGGAACUACAAUGCGGAAAUCUUCGCCUUCGGUAAACGACUACAGGAAAACUUUGAACCGAGCGUGCUCCAACAGGCCUUCACACAUCAGUCCUUCAUCGAGCAGGAAAAGCAAAAGCAGGCUGCGGUUGGUAUCGACGAGCCAGUGCUGGGCGUUCAUGAUAACCGCGAACUGAUCGCACAAGGUGACGCGCUAAUACAGCAGUACGUUGAAGCAUUCCUCCUGAAAGCCCUUCCUCGGUUACCGCAGCAGUUCGUCGGUUCCAUCCAGGAAGCGCUUACCUCGGAAGCGCAGCUCGCUCACGUAUCCGCCCAUCUCGGCACGAAGGAUAUCAUUCUGGCGGCCGAUUUCCCGAUCGAUGACACACUCCUGGCAUCGACACUGAAGGCCAUCGUAGCGGCCCUGCAGCGUUCUUCCGGCGACGAACGGUGUUUUUUGUUCGUGCGUGAUUUCCUCUGCACCACCCUGAAUCAGCGUGAUCCCUUCGAGUAUCUUCACAUCACGGAUGCGCUCGGAACGCUGCGCGAGUACUGCCAGGAGCGCGAGCUAGCAGAACCCGAACCUCGCCUCAUCGGCACUGUCGGCAAGAAUACACUUCUGGCGGCACACGCCGUCGGGAUCUACUGCGACCAGAAGCUGCUGGGGACGGGCUAUGGAGAAGAUCAAACGAUCGCUAGCCAGGAAGCGGCCCGUGACUGUCUCCGCAAACUGUUCGGCAUCGAGCUACACAUGCGUCCGGUUGACUUCAAUCUAACGCUUUCGGAUUGUGGAGCCAAGAUUAAGAGCAGCCAAGCGGUCAAGGGUGCGCGUAACGGUUAACGAUUUCGGGUGGAGUGUGUAUUGUCGGGGUGUAAAAUGUGAAAUAAAACAAUUUUAGAACUUA